AUGAGUAGAGCAAGUUGGGAUGCACCAGUCAAGAUUUGUACAAAAGCAAUUAAUGAAAUACAUUUUUGGUCUAUUUCAUUGCAAAAGCUCAAUAAUGCUGGAGUCGACAUUCGUAAAGUCGAUAAGCAUGCUAUUGUUGAUAUAGAAAUGUUUUGUGACGCCUCAGAUGUAGGCUUUGUUGGUAUUUUAACCACAGAUUUGAAUGCAAAACUUUUUUGCAAGGAAAUGUCUGGUAACUGGACAGAACGAGAAAGGAACGAGAGUUCCACAUGGCGCGAAUUAGAAUGCGUCAAUAGGUUUGUACAAACUUUUGAUAGUACAUUUAGUGACAAAACCGUCAAAAUUAAUACAGACAAUCAAAACGUACCUCACAUACUGAGAGUAGGAAGUAGAAAACAAAAAUUACAAGAUAUAGCUAUUGACAUUAAACAAACUUGUGUAAGUAGCAAUAUAAACAUAAUUACACAAUGGGUUCCAAGAGAGAAAAACACACAUGCAGACACGCUCAGUAGACACACUGAUCACGAUGAUUUGGCUAUUCAUUCUGAUAUAUUUGAUGAAAUUAAUAGCCUAUGGGGUCCAUAUACAAUACACAGAUUCGCCACACACUAUAAUACACAGUGUGAACGAUUUAACUCUAAAAUAUGGUAUCCCGGUACGGAAGCAGUUGAUGCAUUUAGUCAAAACUGGAACACAGAAACAAAUUGGUUAGUUCCACCACCAUCACUAAUAUCCAUGGUCAUACGCAAAGUAGAAAACGACAGAGCCAACAGCACGCUUGUUAUACCAAAAUGGAAAUCAGCUCCAUUCUGGCCGUUGCUAUUCACAUCUAAUGAUCUCACCAAAUGUAUUAAAGGUUUAAGAUUGGAACAAAAUGUCCAGGCCGCCAUAGACAACAGUGGUGUAUCCCCGGACAACAAACUUAGGAAUUUAGCCAACAAGAUGUCAGCCUUUAUUGUGGAAUCCAAAGCCGAGAAUACCAGUAAAAAGUACUUUUAUGGUUUUAAACGAUGGAAAACAUUUAUAAAUGAACACAAAAUGUCAGAAUUACCUGCUAACCCAGUUCAUGUUGCACUUUAUUUGACAUAUCUUAUUGACAAACAUUGUUCUCCCAGUGUUAUAGAUUCCGCUGUAUAUUCUUUUAAAUGGGCCCAUGAGCUUAAUGGUUUCAAUGAUCCUACUAACAAUUCAUAUGUUAAAUCACUGACUGAAUCUGCAAAACGUUUGAACGGUAGACCAGUAGUCAAAAAGGAUCCAAUUAACAAUACUAUCCUUAUUGAUUUAUGUUCAUUGUACGAAAGAUCAGAAGAUUUAUUGAUCGUUCGCGAUUUGACCAUGAUUUUGAUAGGUUAUUCAGGGUUUUUGCGUUACGAUGAGCUUAGCUCUUUAAGAUGUAAAGAUAUCACAGUUUUCGAUGACUAUUUAGAGAUUCAGAUUUUACGUAGUAAAACUGAUCAAUACCGACAGGGUAAUAAAAUUUUGAUUUCAAAAGGUAGCACUUUAGCUUGUCCAUUCAAUAUUUACAAUAGAUAUAUUCAGUUAGCUAAUUUAGAUGAGAAAUCUGAUUUAUUUGUUUUUAGACCUAUAUUUAGAUCUAGGGGUAUAGCUAAAUUGAUACAUAAGAAUAAGAAGAUGAGUUAUACAUCAGCUAAAGAAAAUAUUGUAAAAAGGAUAAAAAUUGUCGCACCUAAUCUUAAUCUAGGUUUACAUUCUCUUCGUGCAGGCGGUGCUACCACUGCUGCCCAGUCUGAUGUGAACGAAAGGUGCAUUAAGAGACACGGGAGGUGGAAGUCCGACACAAGUAAGGACGGGUACAUAGAUGAUACAUUUGAAAAGAGAAUGUCAGUUUCACAAAUAUUUGGGUUGUAA